CAAGUUUCCCGUCUGUUAACGAUAAUCGGGGCACCGUUAAUCCUGGGCAGAGUUCUCGAGCCCAGUGAGCGAAAGAGGAGGAGGCAGUGACCAGUUUUCCAAAGGGUAUACGACGGUAUCAAACGACGAUAGAAUGCUGUCUAGCGUCGUGAGUUCGUUGCCGUCUUCUCGCGCGUUAAAACUCACCUCGGCUUCACGUAAAACGACGGUUCGUUCCGCCUCGUAUCACAAUUAUUCACGAGUUUCGGUGAUAGGAUUAAACAAAAGUGCGCGGUCUUGGUUAUUAUUGCUGCUGGUUAAUACUGCGUGUGCAUAGAAGUAACCGCGAGAAAAACUACCAAAGAAAAAAGAGUAGGAGACAGAUAGUGAGCGAGUGUGUGUGAGUGUGCGUGUAAUAGAGAGAGAGAGAGAUAAAGAGAAAAAGAGAAAUAAAAAGAACUGAAACAAUACACAGAAAAAUAGAUACAAGUCGUACGGCGUAUAGUCGAAGAAAAAAAAAUUUUAAACAAAAAGGUAUCGUUAAAAGGCAAAGUGGUUUGCGUCUACUGAUGAAAAAUCGGUAAAUUGUUAGAAAAAAAAAACGAUAAAGAGCAUUUCGUGAGGUUACAAAAGGUCAUAUUCGAUAAGGGGGGCGGGGGGGGAGGGGGAAAAAUGUGCGAGAAGUACUACGACAGUGGUUCCGUGACGUAAGGGUGCAGAGGAGAUAAAUAAUAAAAUAUCGUUUGAGAUAUAUCCACCGGCCCGAUAUUUAUUCGCGUUUUCUCGGUGUUUCGACCCGCCCGCGUUGACUGUGGUGGUCGCUGCCGUCCGGUGGACACGAGUGAAUAAAAAUGUUGGACGGCAGGAUCUAGAGAGACAAUAGAGAAAGAAGGAAGAGCGCGCACGAGUGGCGAAAAGUAAGUUGGAGAGCGAGCGAAGUGCAAGAGCAUCGUUCGGUUCUUCGGGCGCCGUCGCGUCGGUGGCGAGUCGGAGUUUUCUAGUCGUCGGAGGGACGGAGGCGAUACGGACGUAAAGAUGUCGGGUCAGGGUAGCCGGAGUCGAGCGGUCCACAUAAGCUCGAUAUUCCAGAAGCUGCAGGGCCGUUUUACGGACGCGAUGACGCCGCCCAAGUUAUCGACGGACAAGCGAAUGCUCGACAAGACGUGGAAGCUGAUGGACAAGGUGGUCAAGCUCUGCCAGCAUCAGCGUAUGAAUUUGAAAAACUCGCCGCCUUUCAUACUCGAUAUUCUGCCGGAUACCUACCAGCGGCUCAGGCUUAUAUACAGCAAGUACGAGGACAAAAUGCAGGUGUUACACAGCAACGAACACUUCUCCGUAUUCAUUAACAAUCUAAUGAGGAAGUGCAAGCAGGCUAUUAAAUUGUUCAAAGAGGGCAAGGAGAAGAUGUUCGACGAGACGUCGCACUAUCGGCGAAACCUCACCAAGCUUAGCCUCGUUUUUAGCCACAUGCUGUCCGAGCUUAAGGCCAUCUUUCCUAACGGGGUUUUUGCCGGCGAUCAAUUUCGCAUCACUAAAUCCGACGCCGCCGAAUUUUGGAAGGAACGAUUCGGCAACAACACCCUGGUUCCUUGGAAAGUGUUCAGGCACGAAUUGAACCAAGUUCAUCCUAUCAGUUCUGGACUAGAAGCAAUGGCACUGAAAUCUACCAUAGAUCUCACUUGUAACGACUAUAUAUCGAAUUUUGAAUUUGAUGUUUUUACUAGAUUAUUUCAGCCUUGGUCAACGCUGUUACAAAAUUGGCAGACGUUGGCUGUAACGCACCCUGGGUACGUGGCAUUUCUGACGUACGACGAGGUCAAAGCAAGACUGCAAAAGUAUUGUAUAUCAAAACCAGGCAGUUACGUAUUUCGACUGAGUUGUACGAGGCUAGGACAGUGGGCCAUAGGCUACGUUACUUCGGACAGUGACAUACUCCAGACGAUACCUCACAACAAAAGCCUGAUUCAAGCGUUGCUCGACGGCUAUCGGGAAGGCUUUUAUUUGUAUCCGGACGGAAGAAACGUUAAUCCAGAUUUAACGUGGGCGGUUCAACCCACUCCGGAGGAACACAUAAAAGUAACCGCUGAACAGUACGAACUCUACUGCGAAAUGGGUAGCACGUUUCAGCUGUGUAAAAUAUGCGCGGAACACGACAAAGAUGUCAGAAUAGAACCCUGCGGUCAUCUCCUCUGCACUCCGUGCCUCACAGCCUGGCAGGUAGAUUCCGAGGGUCAAGGAUGUCCGUUUUGUAGAGCUGAGAUCAAAGGGACUGAACAAAUAGUUGUGGAUCCUUUUGAUCCACGAAGAACUCAUCGACCUGGGGCACAUUCGGCGUCGGCAAGCAACGCUUCAACGCCAACGCGGGAUCUUGACCCAGACAACGAGGAUAUAAUGGAAAUUUGCAACGGUAACUGUGGUCUGAUCUACGACGAGUCUGACGACGAGGACGAUUUCAGCUCCAUGGGCUCUCCUUUGCCGCCGAGGAGGGCUGUUCCCAGUCCUCCUUUACCACCCAGACGACCCUCGCCAUCCCCAACACCGAUAAGUCAACCACGAAACACCCGCCACUUAACCGUGCCAAAGGAAAAUGCGCCGCCACCUCCGUUCGUCACCGUAGUAACAUUCAGUGAAAGUCAUCAAAACAACCAAGUGAACACAGAAGCGAGAUACGAUAUGCUGCAUCGUGCUUCUUCACCGAGUCCCAUACCUCCGGUGAUAAUACGACCAUAUGCUCGUCCAUAUCGAGCGCCACCAGCUCUACCUGAAAAGGCUAGUCGCCACGCGUUGUCAGUACCUCCGGUCCCUCCGCCCUUAUCAGCGCCACGUCCUCCAAAGUUGCUAAAAGAUAUGCACGAUACGCAAAACCAUCAAUAUGAGAAUACGAUAAUAAUACCUGGCACGCGGCAGCAUGUUGUUAAAAAUAUAAAUGUAGAAUUGAACAGGGCAAGGCUGUCGGCCCUAAUGAAAGGAAGAGACGAGGCCGGCGGACCAAUUGGGAAGGCGGAAGCUGCGGCGUAUGAAAACGUAAACAUUGAGCAUAUAUCGAGAUUAACUGCCCUGGGAUUUGCACAAGAUGCAGUGAUACGAGCGCUCGGUAUAACCAGAAACGAUUUAGAAAUGGCUCGCGAUAUUCUACACGAAUUUGCCACAAAGUCAAACUCUUAACCAGGUACAAAGAUUUAAAUACGUUAACUAAACUUAUUAGUUUUCUUUGUUAUUUAUAUAUUGUCGCGCUGUUAGUCAGAAUUUAUUGUUUAUAGUAUUUUCAAUACAUUAUUACCGUUUCGUUCUAUACUGAGAGUAAAAAGAAAACUGAACAAAAACCAUGACGAGUUGGUCUGAAGGGCAUAUCCGAACUGUAUUGGAGCGUUCGGCAAACGAUUAGUCUUAAUUUACCAAUAAUUAACAUUUUCAAGAUGGUUUCCUCUGAAAGAUUCAGAAGUUUUAAUUGUUCAUUGUUUCCUAUCGGUUGACAGAGGUGUGCUUUCGUGAUUGGUUGUUCCGAAACUUUUGCAAGAUUUAUAAAAAUGAAAGAUUAUACAUCUGCACAGUUGAAUUCAAUAAAUUAACGUUAUUUAUUAAGUAUUCAUUGAAACUUAUCGAACAACAAGCCGAACGUUGAUGAUCAAUAUUUAAAGAUAUAAUUGGUGAACACAGAAGAGUUACAUUUUAUGCUUAUUUUUUAUAUAUUCAUGUCAGAUUUAAAAAUAAUUGUUUCUUUUCUCUCACUUGUAUUCCGAGACUUGUUUGUACGUAUUCAUCCAAGGUUCUUAAAACAUGAGAUUAUGUCUCAGUAGAGGACAAAUGUAAACGUAAAAGAGAUGGAAAAAAAAACAAACAACAUCAAUUUUAAUAAAUCGAUCGUACUGCAUAAAAUUUUAAUUAUUAUAUUUAUUUAUUAUUCUAAACUAUUCAACGUCAAAUGUGAUAUUUAUGUUUAUGUAAUACGUACGAAACGUACAUCAUUUUGUCAUAUUUAUAUAGAUAUAUAUGUCUCUAGGUAUGAUUAUAAAGAUAAUCAUGCGCAGUUAGUAUAGCAAUAGUUAAUACAAAUAUAUAUCUAGGGAUGAAGAGAACGAAUACCGAGAAAAGUAAACUAUGUAUAAUAGAAAUUUAGAUUUAAAGCCCGUAAUAACUAAACAUACAUAUACAAUUAUUAACUCUGCGUAGACUGAAAUUAUAAUAUAUCCGUACACGUAGUAUUUCUGCGUAUGUGUGUAAUUUCCUUCAGAGUUUAAUACGUACAGAGAUAAUCAGCGUCUAGUUUGAAGACCCGAAAUAGAACUAUUCGUUUAGAAUCGAUUCGUACCUACAACUUCACGUGUAACACGAUCAGUAAGGUGUUUUAGGAAAAAAAAAAGUUAAACAUCAGUAUUAUUUCGUUUACUUUCGUUUAAUCCCUGCACCCUUCAGUUCAGUUCUUGCCAGUCUUAGAUUUAAAUCCUUAAAGUCUGUAGACUUUGGAAAAUUUCCUAAGAUUUUAGUUUUGUUAUAUAUUUGAAUAAAAAUCGCUAACCGACAUACUACUUUCUUUUCCUACCUCGCGUAAGUUGAUAAUCGUACAAGCAUUACAGAAAGCUAACUGUUUACGACCGUUAUUUUUUUUUUUUCUCUCUUUUUUCUCUCGCUACUUUUAUACGAAUUGUUAUAGAUUUUUAAAUAAUAACACAACGUCUUUGAUAAAUUAUUAAAGAGAAAAGGGCAUUUCAAACUUAUGCACGGAAUAAAGUCUUCGAAAUUUCUCGCUCAAAAACCAUUAGUUAUAGAAACUCGACCACAAAUUUGAUACGACAAGUUUUCUGGGCACAAACGCAGGUAAAAAAUAAUUGAAAAGAAGAAAAAAGAAAAGAAAACUUCCCGACAGCCGUAAAGAUAAUUCAACAGCUAUAUCGUACGGCUAAAAUUUUUUUAUUAUAAAUGUAAUAUCAAUAAUCAUACAGGACUCGUUGAUAUACCCAAAUAAUUGGUAGGGGUUUAUUUAGCAUACCCAAAGAAAUCGUCUUUACGAUGUAAUUGUUUUAGUCAUGUAGUUUGAAUAAAAUUAGAAUUUGAUGAGAAAAUUUCGAGAAAAAAUUCAAAAAAUAUAAACACCAACCAUUAAAAACUAGCUGAACAACACACGCUGUAUUUUAAAUCCCUAAAUUUCACACUAGUUUCCUCCGUAAUUAUAUUUUCAUUCGAAUG